GUUUAGUAUUUACCCUGUCCUCAGUUUCUGUCUAGCAUCUAUAGUAGAAUUGACGCUUUUUGCAUUUUUGGUUUGAUUUGUUCCAUUAAAAACUCCUUGAGUAUUAUUUUACAUACAUUUUCCAAACUGGUAAGAUUAGAUCUUGUCUAAAAUGGCCCAUCACGGGCGUGAACCGUCGAGCACAUCAGGUGGCCUUCUGGAGUCGGAUCACGGGCGCCUUCCAGGAGGACCUGGUCACAUGGACGAAGGGUUCGCCCAUACUAGUCAACAUCAUCCUUCCGGUAACACGUACGGUUUCGUGAAAGCUAAGAAGAAAAAGGAGAAGGGCUAUCGCAGCGUGGGAUUGGAUUCGUCCGAUGAGGACUACAAUGACGCAGCCUGCAUUAUCAGUUCUUCGCAAUCCACGCGACAUCAUCCCACUCCAACGCAGAUUUCCUCUGGAUCCAGUUCGACUGCCCCUUCCAGCAGCACUGGAUUCACUUCUUAUCAGUUUCCAGCUGGUUCGCCAUCCACCGGAACUGCCGGCCCUAAAAGCAGCAAAACGAAGCCCGCCUUCCGUUUGAAGAAGAAAAAAUCCUUUAAAGGCAAAGAUUUGUUGACAUCAGACGAACCAUUCACGGACAGUGCUGUGCUGCAGAGCAAAAAAAGCGCGAAACUAAAACAUAAAUCCAGCUUCAGCAGCAAUACAAACCCAUUUGAUGACCGUCCUUUUGCCGUUACACCACUCUCGGUUAGCACGUCCUCCAAGAAAAAUCUGGCUCCAAUAGCGCAGAUGCAGUUUCCAGACGAUUCAGAUACGCAAAUCUUCGGCAUCCCGCUUACGAAGGCCGUACAGAUCGACCGUUGUCCGGAUGGACUGCAGAUCCCAGCAUUUUUCCGUGUAUGCGUGAACUAUAUCGAGGACAAUGGUUUGGAUACAAUUGGUAUUUAUCGCACAUCGGGGUCACAAAGUCGCAUUCAGGAACUGAAGCAGCAUUUCAACCGUGGUGAUCGUGUGCGCUUGAAUGACUAUGAUGUGGCCACUGUAGCUGACGUGAUGAAAAUCUACAUUCGGGAACUACCACAAAAACUGCUUCCAGAAGAACUGCUGCCCGACCUUGAAGACGCUCUCGAAAUCCCAGAAAUGACAAGAAAACUGGAGACCACUCACAAAAUCCUACAACGGCUAGAGCCUUGCCGCCGCACUUUGCUUGGUUGGGUAUUCGUCCACAUGGCUCACAUCAUGGAACACCAGGACGUCAAUAAAAUGAGUCUGAAAAAUCUGGCACUUGUGCUGGAACCCACAUUGCGCAUCCAGAGCAACAAAGUUUUAAAUUUUUUCCUAAGUUACCCUACGGAAAUCUUCCACGAUAUCAGCAUUACCAAAUUGACAGCGCCGGUAACAACCACCUCGACCAAAUCUUCCGGAAAGGUCGCAGACAACGACCAGCGCUUGGUGCAACUGCGCGAGGAGCUGGCCAAGAAGGAAGUCAGCCUGAACCAUAUGCACCAUGAAAUCAAGCAAGGCAAAGCUAGUAAGCGCAAAGAGGAGCAGUUGUGGGAAAUUCAGCGGCAGGUUACGCAACUGAAGCGCACGAUUCGCACCUUUGAAAAGAUGACCACUGUUCCUUUGCAACCAGACGUGAUACCCAGCAGUGGACUGCUUAUUCCGACAAAAGUGAAUAGUGAUGGCAACAAGUCGCCAGUUGUUACAAAAAUCGAAGUGCGUUUUCCACCUGUUGCUAAACCAUCGGAAGUUGAGCCGGAAUCUGCGAGCAAAAGUGAGAAGGAAUCGCCUUUAGCGCCCGUUACUGCAGGCGAUGGUCUUAAUGGAGUUCUGAGUGAAGCCGAACGGAGAGCAAGUGUAGCACAGGCGUUAUACUUAAUCAACGUGCAGGAAGUGCUGCUUAAUCAUAAUGCCGCUCUACGGGAGCAAGUUGCAAAGGAGAGCAAUGUCGUCGUUGGACUUUAUGAACAGCUGCAUGAUUUGCAGAAGCAUGGAGCGGCUUCGCACCAGGCUUGCGAAGAGGAAUUAACAACCCUGGAGCCUGCAUCUCAGGAGCAGCGACAAGAACUUCUCGAAUUGCUCGAGAAGUUCCACAACUUGAAGCGGAUGACGGGAGAGCUGAACGACGCAAUCUGCAGCGAAACCAACGACUGGAUGACCAUUGUCGCUGAAACAAACGCCUUGCGGAUGCAACGCACUACAGCGCCGGUAUCCACUUGAUGCGUUUCAUUGCUACGAUUGAUUUUACUUUCUCUUUCUAAGGUUGCUGACUAAUAGCUGUGCAGAAUAAGUACGUUAAAACAACUUUGUUUUUGUUAAAAUAAUUCCUUGGCAAGAAAAUCCUUGCGGACUUAAGAUGCGGCCAACCUUUUAAAAUGUUUCAGCGAAACCGUUUUUGUGAAUCAUCAAUCAUGGGUAAACUACGAGAAUCUUAACAUGAAUGAACACUUACUUCCGGUGCGUUAUUAAUUGAUGAGUUGUUAUUUAGUAAGCGCAACAAUCCAUUCAUGUGUAUGAGUUGCAUUUUGUAGCGUACUGUACGAGCGCACACAAUAUUAUUACUGUUGAAAGGAAUGCUGUGUAAUCACUGCAUUCCACUAGCACGAUCGCGGAAAUCUCCCACUGUUGAAAAAUUGCGAUCGACAACAAGAUUCGCCGAAUGCUCGUACAAAUCCGUUUGAGUCGGUUAGCAGACCGGUACGAGGUGGCCAGCAUGGCUCAACCAGGGGUGUGUCCCUUUGGGCUGUUGCCCGGUGUUGGUUAGUACGCUGAUGGUGAUCAACUUACUGUACUUACUUAUAUCAUUGCUUCCGGCUAGGCAGAAUCUCUGUAGUCUGUAUUAGUGGUAGCAGCCUUGAAAUAUUGACCGCAUAGCGCUGUGUAGUGAGGAUUUGUGUGUGCAGUGAGAUUGUUGUAUUUCUGGAUCACGUUUUCUCUCGAACGAUUUGUGGAGGAAUCCGCUGACGUUUUAUAUUUUUCAACACUCCAAGAGG